UCAGGCAGUAGAAGCUGUACCAUUUCCAAUCCCAUACCUAAAAAAGUAUGUGGAUGAUUUAUUCCUAGCUCUCCCUGGGGAUAAAAUAGAAAUGGUUCAGGAAAUUUUCAACAGCCAAGACGAAAAUCUCCAGUUUACAGUCGAACGAGAGCAGAACAAUCGGUUACCGUUUCUUGAUAUGGUUAUGACAAGAAACCAGAACCAAACCAUAACAACCGAAUGGUAUAUGAAGCCUAUAUCGUCGGGGCGGUUUCUAAACUAUCGAUCGCUGCACUCGUUUAACCAAAAAAUGAAUGUAGCUUUCAAUUUCGCCAAACGGGUGUACACGUUUACGACGAACCAUCGAGAAGAAGAAGUUGAAAGCGUAAUUCGUCGGCAACUCCUGGUUAACGAUUAUCCGAAUACGUUGAUCAGCCGAGUAAUCAAUAGGGUGAAACUACACAGACAACAAGUGGAUACAGCUAUGGAAGCGAACGAAAACAGACCAGAUGAGGGAGAAACUGUUUUUCGUUCGCUCACCAAUAUCGAUGGACUCUCACAACAGAUAAUCAAAACACUGAGAAGGGAAUAUCCAACACGAAUUGCCACCAAAACAACAAACACGGUUGGCGCGAUACUACCACAGAUUAAGGACAAGACACCCAAUGACGAACAGAGUAAUAUAAUAUACAAAAUCAACUGCGACAACUGUGAUGGCUGCUACAUUGGGAUGACAACGACGAAGCUGAAAACGCGCAUAUCGGGACAUCGCUCAAACGUACGCAGACUGACGACACUGAGAGAAGCAGGACACACCAAUGCAGACGCAGCGAUUAUUAGUAUUAGGGAAAAGACAGCGCUAGUAGACCACGCAGCAGAAAAUGACCAUGUUUUCAGACUUGACGAUGUGAAGAUAUUAGAUAGGACACAAAAACCAUCAAAUCUUCCCAUCUUGGAAAGCUGUCACAUAUACAACACGCCACACACGGUAAACAAACGUACUGACACAGACAAUCUGAACGUAGUCUACGCUGGUCUACUCCACUCUAUCAUGAACGUAAAAAGAACAAAAUCAAACAACCAAAACAGACCGAAUGUAAACAUGACACAAACUGACGACACUGACACGACUGAAACCGAACACACAACGCACGAAUAGAACAAACUAAAACUGUCAUUUUGAAAAUUGUACGUAAAGGUAGUGGAUAGCGGUCCGGUUUCCGACCAACGAAAAUAUCUUUUUGAAUUUGAAGGUUUUUCGGAACAGAAAAAACGGACAAAUUGUAAGUAGACAGUGACAUUAAGGUAUUCCUUAAUUGACAAUAACCUUUUAUAGCAAAAAAAAACAACAAAUGACGGUUAAAAGUUUUAAAAAACUACCACUGGACGAAAAAGCAACAAUUUCAUUCGAUUCCCUGAGGAAGAUCCAAUAAGGAUCGAAACGUUGGAAGAAGAAAACAUUUAGUUGUUUUUGACCCCGAAAAGACUGAAACGCCAAAACUAUUCGAAAGUCUUCAAAACAGUCGUCGUCAAUAUAGAAGUUCAUACAGUCAAAACUACGAUGUCUCUCGACAACCUGAGGAAUUUCGGCGAAUUGGUUUCGCCAUUUCCAAGAACAUGGACAACCGUACAAUUUUCGUUUAGCA